AUGUUGAACGAAACUACUUCACCAUCCUCCUACUCACCUUUAUCCCUACCAUACUAUAUUCUUUCAUCUGACAACGAACCUUCUGACUCCCAAUCCCCCACUCUAGCUCAGCUUCAAGCUCGUGCUCUGGCCUCUCAACAACCAUCACAAACUGAACAUGAACCUGAAGUCACUUCCCCACCCCCUGAACAACAAAAUCCACCUCCAUCUGAUCAACCUCAAACACCACCACCUGCAAAACCUAAUCCACCUCCUGAACAACCAAUACCCUCACCAUCUGAACCUCAACCAAAUCAUCAACCCGAACAAACAACACCAUCUCCCUAUGAUAUUCCCCCACCACAAACCUCUGCUUCCUUCAUGACUCCUAUUCAAAAUCCAGAUGACACCAACCAAACUCCACCAUCCUCUCCAGCCUCUAACUCUGAACCAAAAACUGCCUUCCCCAUAUUAGAAGAAGCAAUAACUGUUUUUAAAGAGUCUUUAGUGGAGAAGAUCAAGUCUCUAGAUGCUGGAAUUAGGAUACAGGCUCGCUUGGCCAGAGAGGUUAAGGAAAAGGCCAUGAAUGAAGCAGAAGAGAAAGCUCUCCUGGAAGAAGAGCAGAGGAUCAGAGAAGCUGAAGAAAAGGUUGCUGCUGAAGUUGUUGCUGUUGAGGCUAAGGCAAAAGCAAAAGCUGAAGCGGAAGAAGCAGUACACAUUACCGUAGAGGGAGCUGCCAAGGCAAGUGCUGAUGCUUUGACUCAGGGGGAGAAAUCUACCUCUGGUUUUCCCCCUCUGGUCUUAAAGACUCUGGAGGAACUGUAA